GAUAAGAACAAAGACUGUCUGUGGUUUAAUGGAUAGAUUAACGAAGUUUAAUUGAUUGAGGUUAAACUUAUUUUGGAAAUAUUCAAAUAUUAACUCUCUAAUUGAACCCUUAAUUCAAUUCAUAUUAAGAACAAACAUUUUUCAAAGAUGUCCACAAGAUGGUACCCUAUUUAUCAAAGAGGAAGUCCCCAAUUGAGAGUUUUUCUCCCUAAUUUUUGGAUGAAACUAGUUAGGCCAACUCAUGAACAACCCCCAAAUGUUGUGCAAUUUGCUUGUUCGAUGGAAAUGACUACUAACGAUAUAAAAAAUUAUCUCGAAAAGAUUUACAAAGUAAAGACAGUUGAUGUAAGAACAAGAAUUGCUCUAGGAGAAAUCAGAAAAGAUCCUGGAAAGGGUUACGUAGUAAAGGAUGAUGAUAUCAAAUACGCUUAUAUAACAUUGAAUAAGGCAGAAAAAUUUGAGUUCCCUGAAUUGUAUCCUGCAAAAGAUAAAGAUAAAUCUGAAGAAAAAACCAUGGAACAACUCAGAAAGGAAUACUCAAAUUUCAUAGAAAAAAAUAAAGAAAGACCUAAUGUGCCUGGAUGGUUUAGUAUAUAAUAUUUCAUGUUGUUAGCUAGAAUGAGAUAAAUAAAAUUGUAUAUUCAAAA